AUGGAUAAAAACAAUGAUAAAUCAAUUACAGUUGAAGAAUUAAGACACUAUUAUUUACCAAUGCAAGAAAUGCUUGGUGUACCACAACAAGUUGCUGAACAAGAAAUUCAAGGUUUAAUGAAACGUCUUGAUGUUGAUCAUGAUGGAAGAAUUAAUUUUGAAGCAGAACUUAAAUUUACAAAUUCAUCGAAGAACCUUCAUAUUCUUAGAAAAAUAACAGAAACUUAUUAG